AUGCAAUCAACCGUGAUCAAUCAACAUCCAUAUUUCCCUGAGGACGCGUCCAUCCCGGACUUUGUACCAAACGACAAAUCCUUGACAGAUAUUGUACUCCCUUUUUCGGGCACGAUUACCUGUGUUCUGGCAGCAUCAGUCAUACUUUCCAAACGUUACAAUCCGGGUCUAGGUUUAACUGAUCUGGGUCAAAUCUGCUGGUUUGUUCUCAGUUACCUAGUUCUCAACUAUGAACGCGUUGCGAGUUCCAACGAGCUGUAUGCUCAACUUUGGAAAGAGUACUCACUUAGUGACUCGAGAUACCUCACGGCUAGUACGUUCGUGAUUACUAUUGAGACUAUCACGGUGCUCCCUAUUCACGAAGCUAUCCUGGGCGCAUCUAUCAGGAAGAUUUGUUGGGCCCUUGAUGUGGCCGAACGAACGGAUCAAUCAUCACUUGAUCCUCAAAGCAGCACGCAGGCCGACAAGAAGAUUCAAUAA